GUUAGCCGGAGAUCUAACGAAACAUUGCAUCUCGCGUGCAUCUAUCUAGUAAAGUCGACUGCACUCGCACUUCUAACGGCAAAACUCCUCAACUGGCAAACUAGUUUGCGCUGAACUGGUGUCGGUAGUUGAUGCUGUGCUACAGUUUUUCAUUCAUGACAGAAACCCUGGUGUAAUCGUUAUCGCAUUUCGGAUGGAAUUUCGAACAUGUUUGAUGGUGCUUUUUAUCGGUGCUCUUGAUGGGGGUGUUGACGCGCUGGGAGGUCGCAUCGCCCCGUACAAAGCUGCAAUUGAGUACAAGGGGACUGUGUUCUGUGCUGGUUCGAUCGUGGAAACGACUUGGAUACUAACAGCUGCCAGAUGUGUAAUGAACAAAACCGCAUCCUACAUAACCGUCAGAUUGGGAGCUACCUAUUCGAAGGAAGGUUUCCUGGUUGGAGUAAAAUCAACACAUAUCCAUCCGAAAUUCAAUCCGGAGUCCUCCAGACGUGCCGUGGGGUUGUUGAAAUUGUCGACUACCUUGAAGUACACGCUGACAAUUGAUUCCAUUCCUCUGGUGAAGCCAGGCUACGGAAUGGAAGAAGGGACCAAGUGCACAAUCCCGAGCUUACUGCAGAGCUUUUCGGAUAUCAAGGCCAAGCUAUGGUCCAGAGAACGAUGUAUUUCAAACUAUCCGAAACCGUUUAUCUUUACAGAUGACGCUCUGUGCGCGAAAAUCUCAACCGGAAACGUGUAUCUGAACCAGAACGGCACUAGCAGAAAUCACACGUGUAAUGAUCAACAACAACACACCAACAUCAUGCUGGGCAGUCCGCUAGUAUGCGAAGGCAAACUGGUUGCAAUAGUGUCUCACAUCGAAUGGCAAACUCAAACUGCAACAGCAGGGCAAUGCGGUAGCGCCAUAGGCAGCAUAAGUGGCGGUGGAAUCGAGCCAACCGCAUCGGCAUCGGCUGCAGCAGGCUGGGGAAACAAAUCCGGUCUUCCCGAUGUUUUCUCGGAUGUUGCCUUUGCCAAUCAGUGGAUCAGUUCGCAUUUGUCGGUGAAAAGAAAGCGCAAACCAGUCGGCGGGAGGCGAAGGUCGUCGUCGAAGCUUAGACAGUCGCAGCGACGCAAUAGGUCUGAACGGAGGAGGUGGUCGAGCGGAAGCGGUUUUGUUCUGGCAUGGGUUCUAGUGCUGAACGGUUUGGCGACGCGAUGACGUGAGUCAACCGUUAUGAUGAUAAUAAAGUUAUG